AUGUCGACUCUUAUUCGCCAACCAUUCGCUCCCCUUGAUGGAGCCCGUCUCCAGACCCUGACCAGCAUCAAGAACCGACAGAAUGCUGCUUCCUCUCCUUCAGCCAAGAGAAAGGCGGCGGAUUUGAAUGAGGACGACUUUGAAAACGUCGACCCGUCCAUUUUCGCCAAGAGGUCCAAGGGUGCUGGCGACAGCUUCUUCUCCAAGGAGGUCCUCAAGGCCCCUGUCUUCAACAUCACCAACAAGCCUACUGCCCGUCUCGCCCCAACCAGCCCCACUCGGUCUCUUCCCGCCUCUCCUCGCACCCGCACCAUCCUCCAGCCCAAGUCUCCCAUCAGCAAGAUCAACACCUCCAUCUCGAGGUCUUCUUCCCUCUCCGCCCCCGCCGGUCGCUCGCCUACCCGCAGCAGGCGCUCCGGAAUCCUUUCUAACACCCGUCGCCGAACCACUGCCGGCUCCUACUCCCGAAUUGACCCCCCUCACUUCAACCUCGGCGCCGCUGCCCCCUUCAGUCUCGAUGCUGCUCUCAAGGGUACCAUCCCUAGCUAUGCCGCCCGCACCUCCGCCUCGUCUCUCUCCGCUCGCGCUUCCGUUGAGACUCCUGCUGAACCAUCGUCUUCGUCGGGCAGCUUUGAUCUCGGUCGCGCCGAGAUGAAGGCGUCGUGGUUCUUCGACAUCCACGAAGACACCCCCGAGCAGGAGAUGACCAACCUCCUCCAGCAUGGGACCUGCACCCUCGACAUUAGCUCUGACGAGGAGUCCGAGCAGCGUGCCACCCGUGAGCGUGCCGAGGGACGCGACAAGGAGAACAUUCCCCCUGCCGAUGACAUCAGCCAGACCUCCCGCCGUGCCGCCGCCCGUCGCGGUGCUACUGAGGAUGACAUGCAGAUCGAGAAGGAGCGGCUCGCCCUCGCUGACCUCGAUGCUUCAGAGUAUUACGCUACCGGCUGUGACGCUGCCUCUGUCAUAAUCGUUCCUGGUGAUGAGGAUGACAAUGAUGUUGUGGAGAAGAACGUUGUCACUGCCGAAGCCGCCUCCGUAGUCGCGCCCCAGCCCAUCGAGGAGGAGCUCGCUGCCCCCGAGCACCAACCCGAGUCUCUACCCGUCAACGUGGACUUUGGCCCUGAGCUCAACCUCGAGACCACCGAGCCGUUGCCCACCGAGGAUGUAGACACCCUCAUGGCCAAGUCCCAGGAUGAGCCCUGCGCCAAGGCCGCCGUGCUCGAGCCCAUCGAUGGCACUGGUGAGAGCUUCGAGCUCUGGGAAAGCGCUAGCGCCAAGGAUGAUGCCGAGGCCACGCCCGCCGUUGUGGAGGCGUAG